AUGCCCUUCCACAAAUCAUCAAUGGACAUUAGACUGAAGGACAAGCACAUCCUCAGUGCUUAUUGCCGCCGACCGACCGGGGACGCAAUUUACUCGGAACUAGAUCUGAACGGGGUCUUAGGGGCCAAGAAAGGCGAGUUGCGAAAACUCACAUGGAGCUGUGAGAACUUUUCCGAUUCUGCAACUGAUGUCGCCCUUCGAAUGGAUGGCCCAAACGAUGAGCCUGUUUUGCAUGCGCAGCUCGACGACGGGGAGGGAAACAUCUCCAAUGACGAGCUGAAUCUGGGUACAUGUAUCAAAAACGAAGAUGGACAUUUGCGGUAUAUGCAAUGUUUCUAG